AUGGGGCGAAAAAGAGUGGUAAUCGAAACAGACUCUGAGGAAGUGGCGAAGUAUCUUAACACUGGGAGCAAACCCACCAUUGCGGCUCACAACAUCCUGGAAGCCUGCAAGAAAGAACUCCGAGCUUGUGAGAUGUGGAAGGUUGUCAUCACUGCUCGAGAAACCAACAAGGUUGCAGACGCCCUCGCCAAACUAGCCAAGCACCGCCCCAUUGGUGUUCAUUUACUUCCAGUUCCAUCUCUUGAGGUAGAAUGCCUAGUUGAGGAUGACAUUGUCGGUAUGCAAAGCUGGCGUAAUGCUUUUAAUUUGUUGAAAUGUUCUGGAGAUCCCAUUGCAACUAUUGUGGAAAGUACAUAUCCAUCAUACUCUAAUAUUUUUGAUGAUCCAACAUACUUGGAAAAGAGGGCAAUAUUGGCUCCAACGCUUGAUGUGGUUGACUCUAUCAAUGAAUAUAUGACUUCUUUAAACACAUAUGAAGGAAAUACAUAUUUCAGCUUUGACAGUGCUUGCAAAUCAGAUUCAAAUGUUGAUCUAUUAGCUGAUAUGCACACACUUGAAUUUUUGAAUUGGAUGAACUGUCCUGGUGUGCCUAAUCAUGAACUCAGGCUAAAAGUAGGUACUCCGGUUCUGCUCUUGAGAAAUAUUGACCACUAG